AUGGCUUGGUUCUGUUCCGGCUCGACCAAUACCGAGCUCAUCGAGAACCUGUAUAGCUCGGGUCUCAUCAAGAAUGAGCGGGUGAAACGGGCCAUGCUUGGAAUUACUGAUGGGGAGAACCUUCUAUUUCCCACAAUAGAUAACUCGGGGGUUGACCGCGCUCACUACUCUCCGUCUAAUCCAUAUUCCGACUCUCCCCAGCCUAUCGGUUAUGGCGCGACCAUUUCCGCGCCACAUAUGCACGGUCAUGCUUGCGAGUAUCUGAUCGACUUUCUGCAUCCAGGCUCCCGGGUUCUGGAUAUUGGAUCCGGUUCAGGCUACUUGACUCAUGUCUUCGCAAAUUUGAUCACGGAUUCCUCGUCGCCACCAAGUGACGCUGAUGGUCAUGUCAUUGGGAUCGACCAUAUCCAAGAACUGGUCGACCUUGCUCGCAAUAACAUGCAGAAGUCUGCCGAUGGUCGCAAGUUCUUGGAGUCCGGAAAGGUCAAGUUCGUCACUGGGGACGGUCGACUCGGCUGGAAGGAAGGCGGUCCGUACGACGUCAUUCAUGUAGGCGCCGCCGCAGAGACCCUUCAUCCCACGUUGGUAGAGCAGCUACGUGCUCCAGGUCGGAUGUUCAUUCCAAUCGAAUCGGGAAAUGUAGACAAGGCGCUCAGGGCAGGUGGGACUGGGUGGUCCACAGCAUAUCUGGGUCGUGGAUAA